AUGGCAACGAAACGUGCUCAACCAGAUUGGUCAUUUAAAAUUUUGUUGAUCGGUGAUAGUGGCGUGGGAAAAACAUGUUUAAUGUUUCGAUUUGCUGACAAUAUGUUUGCUGAAUCAUUUACACCAACGAUUGGUAUUGAUUUUAAAAUUAAGACACUGCGUGUGCGAGAUAAGACUGUCAAGUUACAAUUGUGGGACACAGCUGGUCAAGAGAAAUUUUUUAAUAUCACACGAUCUUAUUAUCGUAAUGCUGACGCCAUAAUUCUUGUUUACGAUCGUACAGAAGCAACUUCGUUUCAAAAUAUCGUUCGAUGGAUGAGAAACAUCGAUGAGAAUGCUCCAGAUGAUGUCGUUCGAAUCUUAGUUGGAAACAAAAGUGAUAUACACGAUCGUUUAGUGGUAUCCACCAAUGAAGGCAAGUUGCUAGCUGAUAAAUUUCGUGUUGAUUUCUUCGAAACAAGUGCCAAAUCUGAUACUAGUCCAACAGUUUCCAAAAUGUUCUUUUUCCUCACGGAAAAAUUACUGGAUCAGAAACAAGAAGCCGCAUUACGCGAAAAGCAAUUCUCAACACCGCAUCAAACAGGAAAUAUCAGCUUAACGAAUAACCAAUCAGAAACUACGUACGGCAAAUUACUAGGUUGUUGUUCAUCAACGAGAACUGUAGAUGAAUAA